AUGGAACAGCAGACGUCGACGUCAACGGUAACAGUCGAGUAUUUCGAUCCCCACGAUGUUUACAAGCUCCUGGCCCCAGGGCUAGUCCCCCGGCUUCCCCUGCACAAUCUCAACUGGCAGUCUCACUCCGGGCCGCUACGAUCAAUCGGCACGCUCCAUGUUGAGCUGAUUCGGGGGAGUCUCGAAAUCCCCGAGCUGACCUUGUCACCGACAUCGCGGCGUUCGGGCAGUGUCUCGCGGGCGGGCGACGGAUUGCGAUCACGCAGCGUGAGCGUCUCUACGGACUCGGGAAAAGCUCCGCCGUCGCUUCGUUCGAAAGCUAGUGGGAAUCUGCGGCGACACCAGAUCCCGGGACUUCGUCGAACCCCUUAUCUCAAGCUGCUGCUGGUACGAUGCGAUGACAACGACUCAUACAAGAACUCGGUGCGAGCCGAGGUUCGCGAGUGGGUCAAGAACCAUACCUCUCCUGUGAGCACCUCGAAGAAGGGCACUGGCCAAGAGAAUCACGAUGCGUUUGAAUGGCUCAUUGUUCACGUCGUCCUCCCCAACACCGCAGCUUCAACUCAGCCGAGAAGCAGCGGAAACUCGGCCUCAGCGGAGAAGAGUGCGGCCUCGCGAUGGCGCCCAGGGACCACCCCUUUAUUAGAGAAGCUUCGAUCAGACUUCAACGAAACGACAAAGGGAUCUCAGGAUCAUGUUUCGCAGAUUAGGAUCGGUAUCAACGACGUACCGUACGAUCUUUUACCUAGGGUUGUACCAGCAGUGCCAUCAGGUUACAAAGAGACAGAAACAGAUGCCGAAAACGCCUGGAAUGAUUUAAUAGCGAAAAUCAAGAGCCUGAUACUGGCCUCGUUUGACAUGCGAGUAACUCAGUAUGAAGAGGAUAUUCGGGAAAAGGACGCACAGCGAACCCUACCUGGCUGGAACUUUUGCACUUUCUUUAUCCUCAAAGAGGGGUUGGCGAGGGGGUUUGAGAGCGUUGGUCUUGUAGAAGAUGCGUUAGUUGGCUAUGAUGAGCUCAGCGUCGGAUUGGAUACAGUCCUACAUGAGCAGCUGGAGUCAGGCUCACCGGAGAGACACGGUGGUGAAAUGCUGGCAUUUACCGAAGAGCUCAGAGACAUUGCCGAGAAAGCGCUGGAUAUUGCUGCCGGCGAUAGCAGUGAUGAUGGUAGUGACACCAACACGAAUGUAGCAGCGGAGAUUAGAGGCCCAAAUUUCGACGAGAUAGCCAUCAGCUCGACAACAAAGGCAUACCGGGACAUGAUCUUGGCGAACAAGGUGUCGGUAUUCGACUUUAGAUGUUACAUCUUCUCCCGCCAAAUUGCCCUGCUGCUCAGGCUUGGCAACGCGCUUUCUUCCAAGGAAGAGCUCAUUGCCAUGCUCAAAAACCAGCAGGAGUCUAUCCUCUACGGGGAAGCUCCUAUGGCAUUGCCGCCGCCAAACAACAAGGACGAGCCGGAAAAUCUCAUCACGUUUGCAGAGAUAUGUCAGCGGACGCUACAGUUUAUCCCUUCUGUUUCGCAGAUUUUGAGACGAGACGUCAUCUUGGGGCUAACAGCAAGCAAAACACCAAGCCGCAAGCCCCCUAAACUGAGCCUUUUGGCAGAAGAAACGGUUGACAAUAUGGUGUCCUCAUUUGCCUUUUCUGUUGCCCAGCAAAUUCUUGCUCAAACCUCAACCAAGGCGCUGCCAAUCCCGCCGUCUUCGCUGUCAUAUGGAGAUGGGCUUGAGCCAAAGUCUUCUAUCCCUGAGCCCAAAACCAUGAUCCACCCAGCUCGCAACUCCUCGCUACUUCCAAGAUCUGGAGGAAUUCCGCCGCCUCCGCUUAGUCCAGGUUUCUUCCCUGGACCCGGCAGACAAUUCCCAGCCGGUGAUGGGACGAACAGCUUUCUUAAAAACGGCUUAGAGGACUUGGCAGCUCGCCGAGCUGAACUUUACAUGCUUUCCAGAAGCAUCCUCUCGAGCCUUGGUAAGAAGCGCAGCUGGAGCGACGGCUGGGACGAAGCCCCUUUGGUGAGGGGAAUUGGCAUGGAUGAAAUGGAAGACGUGGAUUUGAACGAUGAUAAUGACAAAAGCAAGGACUCUGACACUCCUUCCUCGCCGGAAGAGGCAUACGCUCCGUUGAUGGCGGGUAUCGUCAACCCCGUGCUGCGGACUGCAGUCGACAACAAGGAAGACUUCUAUCGCCUAUUUGAAAUUCUUACAGACAAGGCCAUGCGCCAUUUCACGGUAGCCAACCAUGAUCAUGCGGUUCACUCCAGCAUGGCGGAUUUGGCCGUGUUGAAAGUUCAUUUGAAGGACUACAAGGCUGCUUCAUCAUACUUUUCACUCACCACUCCCUUUUUCGGAGAGAGCGGCUGGAGCUUACUCGAGCUAUCAAUGCUCAUUAUGUAUUGCCAAUGUUUGGAUGAGAUGAAUCCAAAGGGCGAACAUGUUGGUGUUGCGUUAAAAUUGUUGACCAUGUACUGUGCCGCGGAAAAGGAGCGUCUGCAAAAGAAACCGGGGUUUAGGAGUUUCUCACAAGGCAAGACGUAUCCGGAUGCAUGGCCAGUAACUGGCAUAGUUGAAAAGCUUACACGGCUGGCCAAAUCAUUGUCAAAAGAGGUAAAGAUACCCAUGGAAAACUUCUUUACAGAUGUGGAACUGGAUGGGUUUCCAGAGUACGAAGACAACCAAGACGGCUGUUCUCUGAAUAUAAGCAUCAGGAGCCUGCUGCCAGAGGAUAUCUCGUUCGAUGCCGCAAAAGUGCGAAUCACAUCUGUCGGUGAGGGACCAAGCAGAGAGCGAUUGUUUGAGGCAGCAACCGGUUCACCUAUCACCUUGGCGCCUGGUAAGAAUAAGAUACGAGUGAACUGCAAAUCUGUGGCUUCGGGACAUUAUAAAAUAGAUCGACUUGUUCUUUCAGCAGAAAAUCUCGUUUUACACUUUGAGCGGGAUAUCAACGCUUUCACAUCCAGCACAACCGACAUAUUCAAACAUGCCGAUGUUAUGCUUUUCCAGCGUACUAGCACAUUCGAUGUUGUCAUGUCUGCUACAAAGCAGACAUCCUUGGACAAGAAUAACUCUCUUGACCUAGUAAUACACACCGGGUGGAAUUCCAUCAAGAAAUGUGAGGUACGAGUGAAACCAGCUACUGGAGGCCUGCGUUUCCUCACUACGGAGGCAGCAUUUGUGGGAUCUUCAAUGGAGUUUGCGAAGCCUCCCGAAGCUGGCGUGUUUCAUUUUGACGCCGUCGCCGCCGACACGACAGUUACGAUACGAUUCCCAUACUCUGUAGAGCAGGACGUGGGAGAUAUCUUUGCCAAGAUUGAGGCUACAUACGUUACGGAAUCUGACGAGACAUAUCACCUGGCCAAAUCUCUAGCAGUUCAUGUGGCUUUGGCACUCGGCGUGAAUGUGCAAGACGUCUUCAAGCACCAAGCACUCUUUUCUCGGUUCAACGUGUCGACAGCAUCAUCUAGCCCGCUACGGCUCUAUAAGAGCGAGCUCCUAAGCUCGGAUCUCUUUGAUUCUGUAUUUGGCGUGCCUCCGGGAAAUCCCGUCUUCAUAUUUCCAAAGCAGCCAGCGAGCUUGCUGUUCAAGGUGAAGAGGAUACCGGGAGUAAAGCCGAUGCCAAAGGGGGGCAGGACCUUGUAUCUGAAGCUUGACUACACCUUACUGGAAGUUGAGAUGGAAGAACUGGUUAAGCGGUCUCUAAUAGAAGCCCUGGAGACGACACCCCUGAAGCAAUAUUCCAAGUAUGUUGUGGCAACAGUUUGGCAAGAGUUAAAGGCCAUAUUACAGCCGCGAGACCUUGAGCAAGCCACCCUGCUGGGAGAGCUGGCAAUCACUAAUUUGAAGGAUAUUGCAUGGGAGAAGCACUUUGGAGGAAUUGGAGGAGCACCUGGAGUCGGCGAGAAUGCGGCCGAAGGGUUGUCGGCGUUUGUUCGAACUUGGCAAAAAGCCAACAGCCGUCUCGCCAUACCAAGAGACGGCGUCAUCGACCCGUCGUCGAUUCUCAUCCCGGUGGAAAUACCCGCGCUACCAGUCCUCCACACGGCAGACAUCCGCCUGCAGAGCCUCAUCCCAAGUCCCGUGGUGGGCAGCGCAGGCGGGGGGCUCCCAACCGUCUGCACGAACCAGAUGCUCCCGGCGACGCUGCACCUCAAGUGGACGCGGAUCUGGGACACGGACUCUUCUGUUCGCAGCGAUCAAGAGUUUAGCUAUGAGGUCACGGCACCUGCAGAUACGUGGCUCCUGGGUGGGCGUCGAAAGGGUCAUUUUGUCAUCCCGGGGCCGUCGGCUUCGUCGCUGGCGCAGACCAUGACGUCGACGCCAGAGACCGAGGCUGAGAUCCCGCUCAUCCUGAUUCCCCUGCGGGAAGGCUGGCUGCCGUAUCCGCUGGUCGAGAUCAGAGAGGUCGUCAAUGCGGAUGGGUUGGAUGGUGGUGGUCAGGCCACGGCGCAGGGGUGCGAGGUUGACUUGAGGAAUCUGGGGGAGACGGUGCGCGUCGUGGGAGACAGGAGCGGUAUGACGGUGAGCCUUGAUGCGAGCGGCCCAGGGGGAGGCCCAUUGGUGUUUGAGAGCGAGCGGUUGGCCGGGUUCAAGGGCAAAAUCAUCGAGUGA